UCCAUCGCCACGGCAACCUGCCAACGGCAACGCAACAGCCGGGCUGCAGAUGGAGACCUGGAAGCUGUGCAGCUGCAGUUCGCCAGGCGCACAAAACAAAGGCGUUCUCUCUUUCUCCCUUUCUCCCUGUCCUUAAACUGAACCAGCAAACGCAGAUCUCCCUUUUUUUGCAUGCUCUGGGAGCUUUGCAAUGGAAGCCUCUUUCCUGGAAGAGGUGGCUGCCUCCUUGGUGAGAGAAUUUCUCAGCAAAAAGUGCUUGAAGAAAACCAUUGUUGUGAUGGACGAAGAAUUGCCGCGAACAGCUCUCAGCAUCAACAACAGAAACGAGCUGCGAAAUGUCUUGCACCUCCAGUUUUUGUGCAAGCAAAACAAGGCAAGGGAGAAUCCCUUGAAAACACUCCUUGAAAUCAUGGCCAGCUAUUUUCUGGAGCGUACGAGCGGCUCCAAGGGCCUUAAGGGGAGCCCGCCAGCCCCACAGAAGAAGCUCCCCCAGCCCAGGUGUACAGAGGACUCUGUCCUGAAGAAUUAUCUCUCUGACGAAGACGCCCACUUGCAAACUGGGCCUGGAAAAAGCAAAACCGAGACCUUCAGCUACGAGAUCGAUGGGGAAGUAAUCCCCAAGCGAGACCUGCACAAGAAAAGCGAAAAGUGCAAGGCUGGGACGGCAUUCGAGAGCAGCUCUCCUUCUGAGGGAGAGAAACCGGCGAGCCACCACUACGGGGACUUGAGGACACCUGAGCUGUCUAUGAAUGCCACGAGGGAGCAACCCCAAGCCAGGAGCGGUGGUCUAUUUGGCAGAGGAAUGAUGGCGGGGCCCCCAGUCAACUCUCCAGAGGAAUCCUUGAAAAGACGGCGCACGAAACAACCAUCUGGAAUCCGGAGAACAUUUAAACCCGGAGAGGAAAAGGAAACUGGAGACCGUUUCGCUGCUCCAAUGGGGGAUUCGCAAGAGGGGGCAGGAAUCUCCAGGCCAUCUGCAAAUCUCUUUUCUCCGCACCUUGGCCGUUCCAUCGACGUAACCAAGGACUAUUCAUCCAUGAUCCUGACUGGCUCGUACACAAAUGCCGGCGGGGAAGGGGCAAGAAAUUCAGCCCAAAGCAUCGAAGGCCCGUUUGCCAAACUGAUGUCCGAAAGACGCCCAGUUGAAGAAAGGAAAGCUGCGCCCCUGUACCCUGCGGAGAUGAAUAAGGCGAGCAGCCGCUUGAACUUUCUUACGAGGCAGACGGGAGCUGACCGUGAAAGGACAGCGAGAUCCACACCGAAGAGCGAACCUCAAAAUACAGAAUUCAGAAAGAUGCCUGUGUCCUCUCCCAGCAGAGACAGCUUGAACCAAGAUGCUCUGGAACUAGUUGAUGUUGAGGACGAAGAAAAUUUGGAGGACGUCUACAUGAUCCCCAACUCUUCUGCUCUGUAUGCUGUCCAAGUAACAUCAAAGCCCAUUGACUACUAUCUUGCAAGGGACCUGAAGAUCCUUUUGUUUGGCUCCAGCCUCGGCUGCUUCAGCGAGGAAUGGAAAAUACAGAGCUUUAUCUUUAACGACAACCCUCAGCUGAAGUAUGGCAUUGUACAGAAAAAGGGUGGGCCGUGCGGGGUCCUGGCAGUAGUCCAAGCCUGCCUCCUGCGACAUCUUAUCUUUGGAGACAGCAGCAGGAACAGCGAUACGUGCAGGCAGUGCCUCCAAGUGUCGGCGGCUACCAGAACCCAGUGCCUCGCUCUGGCCAUCGCCGGCAUUUUGUGGCGCGGAGGUGGCCGCAGGAAAGCCACGAUUGCCUUGUGCACUGGAACGCAGCAGUUCACUCCUGUAGGGAAAUACAAAGCAGAUGGGAUCUUGGAAACGCUGAUGUUGCACGUUGCCACAAGUUACGAAGACCUGCUGAGGUUCCUGCAACAAAAUAUUCAUCAGUUUGAAGCUGGUCCGUACGGGUGCAUUCUUCUGACUUUGUCCGCGAUAUUAUCAAGAUCCAUCGAUCAAGUACGUGGAGAUUUUGACGUGAUCACAAACCGGCUGAUUGGCGCACACGGGUACUGUACGCAGGAACUAGUCAACCUGCUCCUGACUGGCCAAGCCGUCUCCAACGUUUUCAACGAUGUGAUGGAGCUGGACUCUGGGAACGGCAACAUCACCCUCCUGAAAGGCGUCUCCGCCCGCAGCGACAUCGGCGUCCUGUCCCUCUUUGAGCACUACAACAUCUGUCAGGUUGGCUGUUACCUGAAGACCCCCAAGUUCCCAAUCUGGGUUGUGUGCAGCGAAAGCCAUUUCAGCGUGCUCUUCUGCUUACGGAAGGAUCUGCUCGCGGACUGGAAAACCGAGAGGCGAUUUGACCUCUAUUACUACGACGGCUUAGCCAAUCAGCAAGACGAGAUCCGUCUAACCGUCGAUACCUCACAGCCUUACAUCGAAGGAAAGGAUAAUGACCUCAUCCCUCCGCUGGAACACUGCAUUCGGACCAAGUGGAAAGGCGCCGUCAUCGACUGGAACGGUACAGAACCCAUCCUGUGAUCGCGGCGGCUCACAACGACUGAGAACCAGCCCGUUCCCACAGCGAUAGGAAAACCCCGCAAGGUGCCGUGUGUGCUGCCAUCGCACGCGACGAGGCCGAAGGACGUUUCAGGAUUCCAUCUGGCGCGCCGCGCGCUCCUCCUUCCCAUUGUUGUAAACAAGUGGCCGUGCGCACUCGCGCAUCUGGGCCUGCGCUGCGUGCCGCGUGUGAAAAUGGAGAGCCAACCUUGACAGCCAAAACAAGCUGCGGGGAGAGAGCAGUAAAUCUGUCAACAUCUACUCAA